AUGUCUCACCCUGUUCAGCAAAAGUAUUCCUGUGUAUUUCAGGGCAAGGCUGGUGAACAAAGAUUAAAACAAUUAAUUAACUAUGAUUAUUGGAAUAUUCGACAAGAUCCAAAAUUAAAAACUAUAGGCUAUGUUCUAUUUGUGGAUAAUGAGAGUUCUUAUGAAGUUAAUUUUAGUUGGUCACAAUCAGAGUUAAAGGAGAAUAAUUGUAUUUUUCAGUGUGGCACCGUUACUUGUAAAUUUUUAUCAGAUUCUGGAGAAUUUUUUGACCAACCUGCUGUACCUCAAACGAACCAUACUACUAUUUCACAAGCAAAAAAUUCAUCUUUACAAGCGCCAAAUUCAUUGCAAGUACCAAAUCCACCCUUGCAAGCACCAAGUUUACCUUCACAAGCACCAGGUCCACCUUCGCAAGCACCAGGUCCACCUUCGCAAGCACCAAAUCCACAA